GAGGGCUGUGAUCACAUGCUUCUUUCUCUGCACAGCACGCUGUUUUUGUUUAGCCUCUCCGGUGCAGCUGAGAGCUAGAGUCGCUCACACUGUCAGAGAGCACCACACAGCACACAGUGCUGCCUAAGCUUGAGUGGAAAGUUUCCACAGCAUGACCAGAGUCAGGACUCAACUAGUCCUGUCCCACUGAGAGUAAGCCAUAGCGAAGAAGAGACAGAGAGAGCUCUUGAGCAGGCUUUGACCCCUGACCUCCAGGUGUGGAGGUGUACCAUGUGUUCUCCCGCUCGGGGGGCGUGAACCCAUCUCUGCUGUGAGGAGUCGUCCUGUGGGACCAUGGGAACAUCGACGCUGGGGAAGGCAGCCCCCCUCAACAUGCUACUGGAUUCCUGCAUUCAGGCUUUUGAUGACAAUGGGGAGUUGCAGUCCAACCAGCUCCCUCGCACCCUGCUGCUGAUGCACCGCUGGUAUGUCACGUCCACAGAGCUGGCCGGGAAGCUGCUCGUGAUAUACCGUGACUGCCAGGGAGAUGAGUGCCAAAGAACGAGACUGAAGAUCUGCUAUUUAAUGAGGUACUGGAUUACGGUGUUUCCUGCAGAGUUUAACCUGGACAUGGGCCUUAUCCGCCUCACUGAGGAAUUCAGAGACGUGGCGGCUCAGCUGGGCUGUGAGGAACACUACAAACUCAUUGACAUCUCCACCAUCCCGUCGUAUGACUGGAUGAGAAAGCUGACCCAGAGGAAGAAGCAGGCCAAGAAGGGCAAAGCCUCACUCCUCUUUGACCACCUAGAGCCCAUGGAGCUGGCGGAACACCUCACGUUCCUGGAGUACAAGUCCAUCAGGAGGAUAUCAUUCACAGACUACCAAAGCUAUGUGAUGCACGGAUGUCUGGUGGAUAACCCAACACUGGAGCGCUCCAUCGCCCUGUUCAACGGAGUGUCCCAGUGGGUUCAGCUCAUGGUGCUCAGUAAGCUGACACCCCAACACCGUGCUGAGGUCAUCACCAAAUACAUCAACGUGGCCCAGAAACUCCUCCAACUGCAGAAUUUUAAUACGCUGAUGGCCGUGGUUGGAGGUCUGAGCCACAGCUCAAUCUCUCGUCUGAAGGAGACCCACUCUCAUCUGGCACCCGAGGUCAACAAGAUCUGGAAUGAGAUGACGGAGCUGGUCUCCUCCAAUGGGAACUACUGUGCUUACCGCAAGGCCUUCACAGACUCCGAAGGCUUCAAGGUCCCCAUCCUGGGAGUCCACCUGAAGGACCUGAUCGCCGUGCACGUGGUCUUCCCCGACUGGGUGAACGACAACAAGGUGAACAUCGUAAAGAUGCAGCAGCUCUACCUCACCUUCAACGAGCUGGUGUCCCUUCAGAGUUCUGCAGCCCAGGUGGAACCCAACAUGGACCUUAUCUACCUGCUCACUCUCUCUCUAGACCUUUACUACACUGAAGAUGAGAUAUAUGAGCUAUCCUUGCUAAGGGAACCACGGAACCCAAAGUCUUUGCCUACUUCUCCAACAACCCUCAACAAGCCAAUGGGCCCUCUGGACUGGGCAUCAGGUGUGACAACCAAACCUGACCCCAAUGUGGUGAACAAGCACAUCAGGAAGGUGGUGGAUUCUGUAUUCAGGAACUACGACCAUGACCAUGAUGGCUACAUCUCUCAGGAGGACUUUGAGAGUAUUGCUGCCAACUUUCCUUUCUUGGACUCUUUCUGUGUGUUGGACAAGGACCAAGAUGGCCUGAUUAGUAAGGAUGAGAUGAUGGCUUACUUCCUGAGGGCCAACCCCUUGCUCCAGUGUAAAAUGGGCCCUGGUUUUAUCCACAACUUUACGGAGAUGACGUAUCUGAAGCCUACCUUCUGCGAGCACUGUGCUGGAUUUCUCUGGGGAAUAAUCAAACAGGGAUACAAGUGCAAAGAUUGCGGCGUGAACUGCCAUAAGCAGUGCAGGGAGCUGUUGGUACUGGCCUGUAGGAAGCUGCCGCGUUCCACCUCUUUGCAAAGUGUCUCCCCUAGAGGCCUGACCCACAGCUCUCUACCCAGCAGCCCCACCAUGCCCACCUUCAAGGAUGAGGACGAGAUGUUUGAGUUCCCCUCGGUGACACCUGGAUGUUCUGACCUGGAGCAUAAGUCCAUCACCCUGAUGACGGGCUCAGCCCAGCGGAUCUCUGUGGGUUUACAGCGGGCCACCACCAGCCAGGCCACGCAGACGGAGCACCUGUGGCCAGAGCACACCUGGGGGUCUGGGGAUGGGGGCUCCCACACCUUCCCCAAGAUGAAGUAUCGACCACACCGGCAGGCCUCCAAGAGCAAAGGCUUUGCCCGCUGGGAGAACGAGGCCCAGGAGGAGCCCAGGGGUCGGCGGGAAUCCCAGGAGCAGACGGACAGACCUGCAGAGGUGGUGCAGAACGGGAUAAUACCACACAGAGAGAAGGACAGCUGACUUGGAGACACCAAGGGCCGAACCCAGGGCUCCAGGAGGCCCUUGGAAGCCAGCAUCAGGAAGCUCUCCUCACUGGGCGAAGUACUUGGCUGCUUGAGGCCCCCAUUUGGUGACCUGGAGUAGGAUGGACUUCCUCUGACCUAUCCAGACAGGUCUUCAGUGAACCACAUAUGAAUACUGAUGUUUAAUCCCGAAACAGGGAUGUGAGUGAUGGGACUGAAAAAGCCCUUGUCCUCAAUGCUCCCCAGCUCUACACACCCUGCCUUCACAACCCAUCAGUGUCAUUGGAAAACGAUCCUGGACUACUUACAGUACAUGUGAUUUAGGUUUGUUGGGGCUCACCAGUGUUUGACUGACUGAACGUAAAUGAGCGGGUGUCUACCUGUGCCUGUAUGAAUGUCGGAGCAUGUACAUGCUUCCUAUUUAAUUUGUGUGUGGUCUGUGGAGCACACAUGUGUGUUAUCUACUGUUGAUUUGCUGAAAAAAAUAAGUUCUUUGGGUCACGUGGCUUAGUUGCAAAAAUGUAUAUUGUUUGAUUGACAUUUUGAGGACACUGAACGUUUUUUGAUGGACUGGGUGGGGGAUGCAAAGUGAGAAUGCAUUUGGAGAUGUGAGAAUGCAUUAAGAGAUCAAGAUGUAAAGCAAUAGAAAGUUAAAGGUGAAGAUGAAUAUGAGGGAAAAAGUGGCAGGUACAUUGUUCCUAAGGGUAAUGGAUUAAAAGUGGCACGACAUGUAGCACGACAACUGAUGAUCGUUUAUGUGCCAGUUCUAUAUCUUAGUCUGGAAUACAAGAAAUGGUACUUGCUGUGUUAGCAUGAGGAAAAGAACAAUACAACCACUGAGACUUGUGCUAUAAAUUUAAGGAAUAGUUGUCUUUUGGUUAGUCAAGAAAGCCUUAUUGUUUUCAGCCUUAUUAUUUCAAAGGGAUUUGAACUCUGUAUCCACUCAGGACAAUGAGGUAAACUACAGAGACUUUACAUUUAUUUAUGGGUUUAGGUAUGUGAUAUUUCAUAUAGUCAGGCGAUUCAAUGUUUAAAGUGUUCCGGUUAUUUCAAAGCAUUGCAGGCUGAAUAUGUGAAUAUGAGUCAACAAUGUUUCUCAUUGUCCACAUAGAGACACCAUUUGAGUGACCUUUGACCUAUUUUCAUCAGCUGAAGAAUCAAGCCUGUUGCAUUCAGGCAGAGGUAAUGGAAUCUCCACUAAGCCUUCAGUCAGUGGAGCACUGAUUACGCACUUGCUUACAGUGGCACCAGGUGUGAACCCAGGUGCUUGUGCUGUGGUUGCCAGGCAUCAGUUGAGUGAGAAAGGUCAGUUCCUCCAUCACCAAGGAUACAGCAGGUUAUGUAAGGGGAGGGAGUUUAUUUUCAUCUGUAGAGAGACUUCUUGUAGGGCCUCAAGGUAGGGACAAGUAGGUACGGCAGGUGAGUUUGACAAGGAGGUCUCUGUAAUGACAAUAGAGUCUGACCUCUGUUUGACACAGUAGGACAGAGCCAAGAACAGGACUGCAGGGUCAGAGGACUCCAUGUUGGGGGAGGAGCAUGGGGGAAAUAUUGUGUAUAUUAGCGAGAUAUCCAAGGCGUCCAAUGCAGCCCUUUUUCUUUAUCUCAACAUCAAAUAAUUUUUGUGUAACAAUUAAGUACCUUACUGUGAUUGUUUUCAAUUAAAAUGGUCAAAAUGAAACAAAUAGAUUCUUAGCAAAGA